AGGGAGGGGAGCUGCCAUGAAGCCUCUGUAGACUGGGGGAAUUUCAAUGGCAUUGUUCUCACUGGGACUGUGGGAGUGAGUCAUGAUGUAUGUUUGCCACCAUUUGUUCGAGGCAGGGAGCAAAGUUCCCAUUCGUCUGUGGUAAUGUUUAACAGGCUGGUUUUGGGUGAUAUGGUAGCUACAGUACACAACCGUCACACAAGAGGAAAUAUCAGAAGCAUCAUCAAUAGUGUUCCUCCUCUCACAGCCUGUGGUGCAGUACCUGUCAGAAAUCCUCACACUGAGCUUGGAACAAUGGCUUGACUGUUCUCUGGAAAGUAUGGACAACCUCAUCUCCUUGAUACUGCUGGCCUGUGUGGCUCAGGUGUUGAAUUCCCAGAUGCAGCUGAAUCCCAGAACCAUCACUUUGCUGCGAGGUGACACGGCCCGACUGAUCUGCAGCACAGCUGAGCCCUGGGAGGUGAUGGUGUGGAUCCUCAACGGUGGCUCUGUGUUGACCAUCUCAGCCCAGUACGGUAUUCUCUCAAACAACCCCAAUGUGAACGCCAUUAACUGCUCCACCAAUCAGCUCUCCAGCUGGGAAUUUACACUGAAUAGAGUCCAGCGCAGCAACCAGGGGCAGGUGACCUGUGACCUCCAAAACAUCCAGAGGCAAACUGCCGAUCUGUUUGUUCAAGAGAGGGGUAAUGUGGCCAUCACAGGGGGGAACGUGACUGUGCUGAAGGGGGAAGAGAUCCUGUUCCAGUGCCUGGCUGUAGGAUGGUACCCAGUGCCUAGUCUGACUUGGCUUGUGAAUGGCAGAGAGGUGGACCAGAGUCAGUACAACAUCAGCACGGAAGGGCCUGUUGAUGUGGAUGGGCUCUACAACCUGACCAGUAACCUCAGCGUCCAGGCAGCAGAGAGCUCUCAUGUGGAGUGCCUAGCCUCUGUCUCUGCCCUCCCCACGCCCCAGGCCAGCGGUGUACGCCUGACUGUGGUUGCAGAGGUGGGUGUGGAGAAUGUUUGUGACGACUGCGCUGUUCUAAUGGCAGUAACAGCCUCCGUGUCCGCCGUGCUCCUGCUCCUGCUGCUAAGCAUCUGCAUUGUCCUCUGUUACAUACGGAGGAGAAGAGCAAAAUCAAGCCUACCGGAGGAAAUAAGGAUAGACGAAUCAAAGAGCGGAAGAAGCUCCGUUGCCGAGGAGACCGGGGGGGAGGUCAACCUGGGAUACACCACAGAGGGCCACUCAGACGCUGGCCGCAGUGACCUCAUCGUCACUGGGGAAACCCACAGCCAGAUGAACUCCAUCAGCGCUCACAAGAUCCCAGAUGUUGUCUCUUCCAGUAACUUCUCGCCAACCACCAGAGAGAGUACUGCCCCAACUGACCACUGUGGAGAUGGCUCCAAGACAGUCAGAAGAAUGACUACGGUGUGAUCGUUGUAUGGUGUCCAAACAAGAUAUGCUGGAUUUUUACUGUUACAUUAGUGUAACAUUGCCAAUUAUGCUACACAACAUGCUUUUCAUUAAAUGUAUCACACUUUAUUGUACAUACAGUAGGUAUAUUCACUUGAUGUAAACUUUUUUUUAAAUGUUUGUAUUGUCACUGCAUAUUGUUUGUGGGGUUUUGUGUUCACACAGUUUUUGGGAUCACACAGACCAAGACAUCUGAUGACUGACUCUCUCAUACAUUUUUGUUCUCACUCACAUAUUCUUCCCAUGUUUUAGGAGGAGUUGUUCUCUCUUUCUGACUGAAAACAACAGAUUCAUCUUAUAAGGUGCACACUGUGAUUUAUGAUUUGACUGUGUAAGGUUCUUAGUUUGCUGUAUAAUAGUUAUAGUCAGAUUGUGUAGGAUGUAUAGUGCUGUUUAAAAUCAAGCUAGCUGCGCACAGCGCUGUUGUCCUCAUUUGGGUAUCAAAUCAACUGUGGUAUAUUAGUGAUGUGGAUUAAGAAACACAAUAGCCUGGACCCCACCGACUCAUGGGUUCAUCGUUGAUAUCUGUUGUGUAAGCCUAUGUUAAUCCUCCUGUCAACAGUUACAUGGCCAACUCACCAUCAUCACAAUGCUCAGCUAGGUUUCACAUUUUCAUAGGUGACAGGGUUCGGAAAAGAUAAAGCAUGGGACAAUUUUCGGUGAUAUAGUGGCAUGGUUUCAAGACCUCCUUGUAAGUAGAUGUUAACCCGGCAGUUACAUGGGUCUGUAUUGACCAAUCAUCACAAUGGUCAAUGAUAAGGCCUGGGAAGUGAGUGACAGCAGGUGUUCUAGUGGCAUUUUCCUCCAGUUGAGGUGUUAUAGGAUAGGGAUACCUUCCUGUGUUCAUUGAUGAAUGAUGCCGACAUUAAUAAUGUAUGCUAUCCCUUCCUGUGAAAAUGGAUACAAGUGACUUUCAACAAAACGGAAGACAAAAAUGGCUUUUUAUUACGUGAGAUAUGUAAACUUUCUCUUCAAAAGCUGCCUAUGAUAUAAAAAUAAAGCAUGUUCUAUAUUA